UCAAUCUGGGUCAGCAAGGGGUUAAAUAUUCCAUCCGCCAAACUGAGACGGAAGUCCACAAACUCCAACAAUCCAGUCCACCCAAGACUCGAACUGUUUUUUUUUAAUUGGACUUAGCGUUCUGCGCGGAUCUACUAAAAAAGACCGCGGCAGGAUGCCCGUGACCAUCACCAGAGCACAAGGUGUCACCGUGUUCACGGUGACGUCGGACCCCAAAAGUCGCUGGCCUCCUUUGUGCCAAAUCCUCAAGGCGCUGUGCUACAGCCCCUCGUGCUGUGCGGCGUCCCAGCACAUGAGGACCACCAUGGGCUCUUCUCAAGCCGUACUGGGGGCCCUGCAGAUCGCCGUGGGCUUGAUCACCAUCGCCCUGGGUGUCCUCCCCAUGUUCGGGGGCUUUGAAGACUCCUGGUGGAAGAUGGAUAUGAAUUUAUUUUCCCUGUGGAUGGGACCAGUGUUUGUGCUUUUCGGCAUCGUCUGCAUUUUGUCUCAGAAGUACCCAAGUCCGUGUCUGGUUAUCAUCAACGUGAUCCUGAACCUGUCCGGCGUGUUGUUCGCCGUGGCCAACGUCAUCCUCUGCGCCAUCAACAUAGGCGUCAUGAACAUGUGGGACGUGUGCGAGCCGGCGUACGACGACCGCUUUGACAACUGGAUCGCUCACACCCCCACGCCGAGUCCCAACGAGAAGUUCUUUGAGAAGCAAUGCCUGAAUGGGCGGGAGCUGCUUCAUAUGCUCCUGAGAGGCAUCAACGGCGUCCUGCUGCUGUUGGCCGUCCUGGAGCUCUGCCUGGCGAUCAGCUCCUCCAUCUUGGCCGUCAAGGCACUGAGGAGCGGCGGGAAAGGCUGCCGCCAGAGCCUUGACGAUCCAGAAGAGUACAAAGCGUUUCCGGAUGAGGACGUCAUCGCCAACCCUUCAGCCUGAAAAGCGGAAACCUUCGUCUUCAUUAUGUGAUGCCACAAUCGUCACAAUUCCACUUUGAAUACAUAUUUCGCAUACUCAGCAUGUUAGGAAUUGAUCAUUUUCAUAAUGUAAGGUGAACACCGCUGAUAUUUUGCAAUCUUUUGCAUUUCAUUUUAUACUUAAUAUGUUUUCUUCGGGGCGGCACGGUGGGUUUUCUAGAAAGCAUUGGCCUCACAGUUCUGAUGUCCCGGGUUCGAUCCCUUACCCGCCUGUGUGGAGUUUGCAUAUUCUCCCCUGCGUGCCUGCGUGGGUUUUCUCCGGGAAUUCCGGUUUCCUCCUGCAUCCCAAAAACACACACACACACCUUCCCAGUUGCAUCUGAGCUUUCAAACGUUAGUCUUGGGGGGAGGGGGGUGUUACAAAUAAGAAUGUACAUAAAUUAUCCUAUGUUUACUCUUACAGUUUUACGAAGCAUUUAUUAGGCAGUAUAACCUUGUUGGGGGUCAUGUGGAUUGGGGCUGCCUGUGUGUGUGGGGGGGGGACUGAUAAAAGCUGACGAAAUCAGGAACUAUCUUGUGACAAUGGAGACGCUGACCGCUUUGGUGACGGUUAUCUCGUUGCUGAUGUGUGCCCCCCCCCCCCCCCCCGCCCUUUGAAGCGAGCAACGAUUGUGUAACUUUUGAUGA